GGCAGCGCGCGGGGGGAGGCAGCGCGUAGUUCUCGCGUCAUUUGGUUUGGAGCCGCGGGUGCGCGCGUGGGAGCGGCGGCUGCGCUGCGGGGGCAGCCGGGAGCGCUAUCGGGCCGGGACUGAGGCAGCGACGACGAUCGCAUCUCCACCUUGCUAAGACACUGGACGCUGCUUUCUUUACAGCAAGGAAAAUCUGAAUUUCUCCAACACUCAGGAUGGGGAAAGAUUACUAUUCUAUCCUGGGAAUUGAAAAAGGGGCUUCUGACGAGGAUAUCAAAAAGGCUUACAGAAAACAAGCACUGAAAUGGCAUCCAGAUAAGAACAAAUCUCCCCAUGCAGAAGAAAAAUUCAAAGAGGUUGCAGAAGCUUAUGAAGUGCUGAGUGAUCCCAAAAAGAGGGACAUUUAUGAUCAGUUUGGGGAGGAAGGUCUUAAAGGAGGAGCUGGAGGAUCUGAUGGCCAGGGUGGUACCUUCCGGUACUCCUUCCAUGGCGACCCACAUGCUACAUUUGCAGCUUUCUUUGGUGGCACAAAUCCUUUUGAGAUCUUCUUUGGGAGGAGGAUGCCUGGUGGCAGAGACACUGAAGACAUGGAGGUGGAUGGUGAUCCAUUUGGAUCCUUCUCUAGUUUUAGUAUGAAUGGCUUUCCAAGGGAAAGGAAUACGGUUGGCAGCCAAUUACGGCGUAAACAAGAUCCCCCUGUAAUCCAUGAACUUAAAGUGUCACUGGAAGAGAUCUAUCAUGGCUGCACAAAAAGAAUGAGGAUUUCACGUAAAAGGCUUAACCCAGAUGGUAGAAGUGUCCGUACAGAGGACAAAAUUCUUACUAUUGAGAUAAAAAGAGGAUGGAAAGAAGGCACCAAGAUCACUUUUCCGAAAGAAGGCGAUGAAACACCCAACACAAUUCCAGCUGAUAUUGUUUUUAUCAUCAAAGAUAAACCUCACUCUCAUUUCAAGAGAGAUGGAUCAAAUAUUGUCUAUCCUGUUAAGAUCAGCUUAAGGGAGGCUUUGUGUGGCAGCUCUUUCAAUGUGCCAACGAUAGAAGGAAGAACCAUACCUAUGACAGUCAAUGAAGUGGUAAAGCCUGGGAUGAGAAGAAGAAUUAUAGGAUAUGGUUUGCCAUUCCCCAAAAAUCCUGACCAGCGUGGAGACUUAAUUAUAGAGUUUGAAGUAAUUUUCCCAGAUAACAUUUCUCCAGCAUCAAAAGAAGUACUUAGGCGAAAUCUUCCAGUUUCAUAAAAAGGAAGACUGUGUAUGUCAACAGAUUAAAAUAGGACACUGGAAAUGCAGAAGACUGGCGAGUCUGUGCUUUAAAAGUGCAAUCUGUAACAUCUAGUGGAAUCUUUGUUUUUUUUUUUUGUUUUGUGGGUUGGGUGGGGGGAGAAUACUGCAAUGCUGCAUGAGAAGAAAAGGGUUUGAGUAGAAGUCAUACAGGUGAAUUCUGCAGUAAAAAUUUCAGGGAAAACCACUCAUUUGUUUUACAUCUUCCUAAUCAGCAAAGUUUAGUCAUUAUUUUGCUUAAUAUAAUUGCAGUAAAUUUUUUACAAAGUCAGUACAUAUUUCUGAUACAGUACUUGAGUCUCCAAGUACAUUAUUUCUUAUAUCCUGACCAUGUCUGUAACAUCACACAUUUAUGUAAAAAUUUGAGAUCGUAGUAGAAAUACACAAAGGUAUAAAUAUUUUAAAUAGCAAAACAUGAGAGAGAUCAUUUCAGUAUGUUGCCUUCCACUGCACAAAGCAUAGGCCAGAAAAAUCAGCUUGGACUCCUGAACAGCCCCCCUGUGCAUUGAAAGCCUUCUCUUUAUUGCCCCUGGAAGUGUCAGGACUGCAUUGUGCGUGUGGCAAAGGGCACGUGGCCUGAGGAGCCAGAGUAGCCAUUUGCAGUGGGAUAGAUAGUUCCUCAGCCUUGAGGCAGAACAGCAAGAAGGGAUUCUUCAAGGAUGUGAACAGCAAAGGGUGAACCUGCUGUCAAAUAGGUCAGGGAAGCUGGUGACCAGUGACAUGGAGAAGGCUGAGGUACGCUGUGCUACCUUUGCAUCAAUCACUACCUGUAAAACAAGCAUGCAGGAGUUCCAGGCCCUUGAGACAAGAGGGGAAAUGUGGAACCUUGAUGUUGGAGGACUGGGUUAGGGUGCACUUUACCUCAAAGUCUGUGAGCCUGACGGAUUGCACCCAAGUGUUGAGGGAGCUGGCUAAUGCCCUUGCAGGGCCACUUUCAUUUAUCUUUGAAUGGCCAGGGAGAUUGAGAGAUGUUCUGGUAGACUGGAAAAGAGAAAAUCCUACUCUUUAAGAAAACCAAGAGGGAAGAUUUGGGAAUCUACAGGCUAAUCAGCUUCACCUAAGCCCUUGGUAAUGUGACAGAAAAGAAUCCUCCUGGGAAGCAUUUCUAAAAGGUGGUCAGGGUAGUCAACAUAGAUGUACAACAGGGAAAUCUUGCUUGACCAAUCUUGCUGCCAUCUACAGUGAGCUUUGGUGAUGUUGGGACACCAGUCUGUUGUUUACCUUUUACAUCAGUAGACAGACCAAUGAAGUACAGGUUAGAUAAGUGGAAGGUGAGAUGGAUUAAAAGGUGGCUGAAUGAGGGGGCACAGGGGAUUUAAUCAAUGGCACAAAGUCCACUUGGAGGCAAAUCAAUAGUGGUGUACCCUCUGGCUCAGUACUCGAGCUAAAGUCAGCGUCAUUUAAUGACCUGAAUUAUGCGAUGGAGUUUACAAAUUGUAUAAACUAGGAGGAGUAGCUGGUGCCACCAGCUGAUAUACUGCCUUUUAAAGGGGCCUCAGCAGGCUGAAGAACUGGGCAGAGGAUUCUCAUGAAGCUCAGUAAGAGGGAAUGCAAAGUCUUGCUCUGUUGGGGAGUAACUGACCAGUAAACUGUCACUGUAAACUGACUGUGAGCUGGCAAUGCAGCUUUGUGGCAACAGAGGCCAAUGCUUUGCUAGCAGGGGAGGGGAGAUGAUCCUUAUUACUCUCAGCACUGAUGAGGAUCCAGCUGGAGUACUGGACUCCCUGGUACUUGAAGGGUAUAAACUUAAUGGAGCAGCUCUAGCACAGGACUGUGUAUGAGAGGCUGAGAGAGCUGAAAUGUGCUGGCGUGGGGAAGAAAAUACUUAGGAGAGAUCUUGGCAUCUGGCAGGAUGGAAUGAAGAUGAAGAGCCAGGCUCUUCUCAGUAGCUUUCAGUGACAGGGCUAAAUGGACACCAUUUAGUUAGGGAUUCCAUCUGAACACAAGGAAACACCUUGUUACUAAGCGGAUGGUCAAACACUGGAGCAGGUUUCCUAGAGAGUUUUAGGAGUUGCUAUCCCUGGAUGCUCAUAGCCUGACUGGACAUUGUACAGGGCAGCCUGCUCCAGCUGACCAUGUGUGAGCAGGGGUGUUGGACUACAUGAUGCCAAGAGUUUUCAUGUAAGCAAAAUGAUUUUGCUAACUUGGACUUGGCAUUUUUCACUAUGGGCUGUGUUCAGUAAAUGAGGCUUAGCCCAGAGAUGGUGGUGCUCAUGGGACAUAUCCUUAGGGAGCACAUCUGUGCCGGGUUGGAAAGAUGCACAAAGAACCCUGUGAAAGUAUUUGGCUAGGGCAGAUGUUUAAAGAUCAUGCUGAUCUCAAGUAUUCAUUAUUUUCAAAGGCCAAGCUUUACUCCCAUGAAGAAGGAAGAGCUAAGUCCUAUCUAAAACUAAGUUUGCUUAAGAGUCAGUGUGGUAUAGGGGUUGCCCAGAAACUUUCAUAUGGUUGAAUUGAGUUAUUUUUUUUAAAUUCAUAUAUGAGCUAGUUGUCUUUAGAGUUAAAAGGUACAUAGGGAGAUGGAGAGCCCUCUGUAAUAGUCUAGUUUUAUAAUACAGUAAUAGGGCUGGUUCCCUUGGUUGCAGCAUGGUAUUGGUGAAAGAAAUGCCUUGUGGGCAUGCUUUAUUACUUGAGUUUAAAAUCAUAAUACAGUGCUUUCACAACACUUUCAAAGGGUUUGGGAUUUUUUUUGUUGUUGUUUUUCAUAAGAAAAUAUUUCAAUAUUUGCUGUCAGCCUUUUGCCUGUGGAAACUUAGAGGUUACCUGCUCUGUUAGGUAGCCUAAGAAAGAGCAGUGUUAUAUAUGUGACUGCAGGAAAGUAAAUCAUAUGGAAGUUGGGAUUUAAUUUACAAUAAUUUUUUAAUGAGUGUAAGAAGAAUCCCACUUCUUUUACUUAAAGGAAUAGAAUUUCUGUGGGGUAAAGUUCAAGUCCAUUUUUCAACUGCAGAUCUCUUCAUGCACCAUCAGUUAGUUGUAGUCCUAAAGCGACAGGAAGUAAAUAAUUGCUGGAACAGUAUCACAAAGACAAAAAGAUUGCUGCUUAGUGCUUCUGCAUAUUGGUAAUACUAUAUAUUGUUGGUUGAAAAAAAUUUCCAUUUCAGUAUGUUCCGUAUUGCAUUUCUUAUGUGGUUUUUAAGUAAAAAGUGUAAAGUUGGUUUUUAACUUUCUCUUAUAUUUUGUUCUGUCAAAUGCUAAAAGCUACAUGACUUUAAAGCAUAUCAACCUAAAAUACCUAUUUGUCAGUUCAAAAGCUAAUGGAAUCAAGCGUUUUUGUAAUCCAGGAUCUUGUAACCAUAUCCAACUUGUAAAAAAAAAAGUUACAGCAACUAGGACUAUUUUUUUGUAACCAUCUUCAGGUAAAAGGAAUAGUGUUAAAUUGAGGAAUUGCAGUAUCUUGUGUAUUUAGAGGUGUAUAUAUAUAUAUAUAUAUGUAUAGCAAACUAAACUUUUCCAACUGUUUUCAAGCUCAAAAUAUAAAACUUAUAAGACUGGUAUGAAAUAAAUGCUUGUAUUUCUUUUCUUAUGGAGAGGUAACUAAGUAUAUGUUUCAGAAACCAGCAUGUAGAAUUACUUCAAAAUGUGAGAGGAAGCAUUAAUAUCUAUCUAAUCCAGGAUUCACAAAAAGAUAUUUUUCUAAUCAAAAAUGUGCUUAAAAGCUAUGUUUUAAAACCCACUUAAUAGUUUAAUAAAGCUACUUGGGAGAAGGAAGCAAAUACUCAGUCAACUACUAUAUUUGUAACUACUGAAAUACAUGAAAAUAAAAAGGUCAUUAAUGAAAUUGGGAUGGGUUUUUGAUCUCUUGAAGGUUGCUUAGGUGCCAUAGAAAUUAAAAGUCAUUUAGUUGCUUUGGAAUUCAAUCCAGCAAGUUUGAAAACCUCUGCUUCUAAAGAUCUUUUUGUAACCAACAUCAAGCCUUAGAAUAGCCUCAAGCUGUAUGUCAAGCUACAUUACAACCCUUUCUCCUUCCUGCCAUGCAGUGAUACUCUGCUUGCUCCACAGCUUUCUGCUGUCAUCAGGGCGUCAGCAUUCUGUUCUUUCAGCCAUUUUUGUAGGAGCUGUGCUGAAAGCUUCCUGAAGCCCAUUUGUGGUGUGUUGAACAAAUGCACUCCAUUCUUUUCUAGUAUGUGCAUCCUAUGUGCUAGUCUGACUCACCAGAAGCAGAUUUUUUGGGGUCAAAUAGGUUUUCCUUAAACAGUGAAAUUUGCUGUAACUUAGGGUGAAAUUCUGUACACUUGAAUUCAAGUGCUAGACCUAAAAUUACGGGCCAUGAACAUGAUAUUGUAAAUAUAAUUAAGAGACGGUUUUACUUUUCCAGACAGUAAAUGCUGAUCCUCUUUUGCAGCUGACAUGAGUAGUUAUGACUAUAUUGCUUAUUGAACACAUCCUAUAUACAGAUCCUAUAGAACCAGGGCAUUUGUCAUACAACCACUUACUGUUCAGCACCAAAACUGAGCAAAUAGCAGCACUAAUCUCAUGAGGUGCAGAAUCUCAACUCUUCAUUUGUCAGAUUGCUCAGCAAUAGACUGUUGGAUGGAAUGAUUUGUUUCCUUCAGGCUUCUCUAGUUAAUCGCUCUAUUAUUUAAACAGUGAAAAUAGAGACUUUUGUUGGUCCCCUUGGGUGUAGAAGGUGUAAGUGCUCUGUGCCUCUUGCCCUGGAAUUACUGGCUUACCCAAGGGAGUAACAACAAUCUUGUUAGUCAUGCCUGAUUGCUUUAUCAAGGACAAACUGCCAUGUUCACAGCCCUGCUGCCCUGCUUUCAAAAACCCCCUAAUGCCACCCAGCCAGCACCUGAAAUAUAGCAUUUCCCUGAAUAAGGGUAGGUGCCCCAUGUGUAGUGAAACACUCACUGAUAGAGGCAUUUCUUAUCCAGCAAUGUGACUUUGUUCCACAUAUAUUCUCUGCAAACUUUAUGGCUGUUGCAUGCCAUGAUUCUUGCAUCCCAAGUAUUGUGUUGAGACACUGAAGAAUGGGGUAGCUUGUAGUGUGCAAUAUACUCCAAAUGAAAGGAUCAAAUCAAUUUUUCUUUUUAAGUACAUUAUUUACUUUUCUUUCUAAAACCAAGGCUAAUAGCAGUUUAAUUUAAGUUGUUAACUCUCUUGAAAAAGUUAAUUUGAAUUAAUUUUUGUAUCCUUAGUACCCUGAGUUGCUGGAGGCUCAUUUGAAUUGAUUAAUCUAGUUUUACUGUGCAUUAAUUAGUGUUGGUAGAUAUUUCUUAGAGGGUGCACAUUCAAGGGAGUCUGAAAACAGGAUUGGUUGUAGCUGGAGAAUAUCUUCUGUUCAUUACAGCCUUUUCAUCGAGUUUCUCCACAGACUGACUCAUAUACAGCUCUACAAACCACUCAGUCAGCAUUGUGUUAUGCUGAUCAAAUGUAAAUCAUUAAAAUUGCUAAUCCAUGAUCUGAGCAAUAUUAAUAAAUAGUGCUUGUAGAUUAGGGGGGGAAAAAGAGUCCAUGGUAAUCUACCUUUUCAGUAACAGAGAUGAAACUGAGUGUUGAACACUUCUUUACUCUUCCUUCCAAAGCAGGGGAUUGCUAUGGCAAUUUCACAUAGAUGCUUCUUAGGUUUGGGUUAUAAUUAGGCAUGUGUGCAGUAUCAUCUUCCUCUGAUUUAAAUGUCACAAAAAAGGUUUCAUUUCACUUGUUACAUCAUGUAACUAAUGGGCUAAACUAUACAUGCUCCAUACUGUUUGUGUCUUCGGUUUAUUUGAUCAGCUCCAUUGGCCUCAUCAUUUUUUCUUUCCAUAGUUAAAGGCUGAUGCUAUUGCUCCAAGCUGUAGGUAGGAUCAGCAUAGUUUUUGUACCAACUUCAGCUGUUUUUCUCCAUCUGCUUCCAUAUGAAACAUGGAAACACACUUCCACUGAAGAGAGUUUUGAAA